GGUGCGCGGGCGUUAGAAGCCAAUUGGGUGUUGAAGUUAGAGCAAGAAGUUGACACUCAUUAGAGUGCAUGCAACACCAGGAAGGACAUGAAACAUUGUUAAUCUGCCCUCUUCGGGUACUUUAUCCAGCCUAACUUAAUGUAGUAUCGCUCGGUUAGCUGUUGUGACUUGCGGUAGAUUUGUUUCAUUCGCAGUCGUCUUUGGAAAGUUGGUGUUUCGGAUUUUGUUGUUUGGUUCCCGCUGAGUUGAGGCAGGAGUUAUCUUCUUCCAUCGGGACCGCGUCGGAGAACAACCGGCAGCAGUAUGGGAGGAUGCAUGAGCAGAGACCAGGGGAUGGGGAGUUACAGGUCAAAGUUCAAGAGAGAUGCGCUAAAGGCCCAUAAUAAGUAUCGUGCGCAGCACGGUGCUCCUGCACUGAAGCUAGACAACAAAAUUAACAAGUAUGCGCAGGACUGGGCGAAUAAAUGCGCAAAGAAGGCACAACUAGCACACAGGACUGAACACAAGUAUGGCGAGAAUAUCCACUAUGCUUACGAUUCAACCGGCAUUGAAAGCAUCACAGGUGAGAAGGCAAGCAAGGCAUUCUAUGAUGAGAUUCAACGUUAUAACUUUGGCAAUGCUGGUUUCUCAUCUGGAACAGGUCAUUUCACGCAACUUGUUUGGAAGAAAAGUCGACGUCUUGGUAUCGGAGUCGCUGUCAACCCUAAGAAUAAGAAUCAAGUUUUCUCUGUGUUCAACUACGAUCCACCGGGCAAUGUGCAAGGGGAUUAUCAAGAUAACGUGCUGCAAAAGAAACGAUAGAGGGCAGCAAACUCAUUUUAAUUUUUGUUUUGAUAGAAACUACUGUGAACAUGGGAUAACUUUCAACUUCCCUAAUCCCUGUUUUCUUUGUUAGAUUUGUAGAUAUAUAGAAUAUAAGGGACAGAUUUCAUCCAUCUUUUAUACUCUGUUAUCUUUAAUUAUUAUAAUCCGGUUACCUGAUUUUUGUAAAUUGAUCAAAAAUAUUUGUGAUACUUUCACUUACCAGUGCUUCAUGAUUUGUAAAGAGAUUUGGGACAAUCUUAAUGCCUGAAUAUGUUUACAAGUAAAAUAAUGCAGGAAUGAUGAUUGCAUAUUCUUUAUAUUCUUGUUGAGUUUACCACUCAUAUAUAAUUAUGUACGAAAUGACAAUCAAACAAUGUGAAGGAAAUGUGUGUAAUUUUGUUAAGUACUAGAAGCAAAACAAAAAAUGAUGAAAGAGAGGUUUGUAGUCGAGUGAUUUGAACAUUGAACUAGAGAUGUGAAUGGCGAUUGAUUAAGUCUCAGGGCGGCACUAACUAAACUUCAUGGACAAAGCAUUAAACAAUAUUAUCAUAUGAUGACGUGGAUCCUAAUCUAAUGAUUGGUUAAAAGCGUACACGUGACCAGGGAUUUAUUUUGCCUAACGCAUAAGUUU